AUGUCUUUCUUUAGUGUUUUAUAUAUCUUGUUUAAGCAUUCCUUCCCUAUGCCAGUGUUGGAGAGAUAAUCUUUAUUUCUUUCAUCUAAAAGUAUUAAAGCUUGACAAAUUAUUAUUUUAGUGUCUUUUUCCAGAUCUGUAAAAUGAAAGGCUUAACUACCUUUUGGUCUUUGAUAUUGUGAUCUGAAGUGGAUUUAGGAUUUUGUGCAUAUAUUUUCAGAGAUUGCAGUGUUGUACUUAUUCUUUUAGUAACCUUUCCCACUAUGAAGUUUCAUAUUCAAUCCCACUUCUCUUCAUCUAAUUUCUCCGUCCUUUUCCUAUUUUCUUCAGAAAAAUAACCACCUGAAUUCUGUAGCAUAUUAGGGUUUCCAUGUUGAAACAUCGUUAUUUUAUUGUAAAAAUAUAAACACAUUUACCGGUUUAACAUUUUUCACGUGUACAGUUUAUUGACAUCGAUUACAUUAAUCAUGUUGUGCAACCAUCACCAGUGUCCUUUGACAAAUUUCCAUCAGCAUAAACAGAAACUUGCUGCUUCCUACAAAUGUCUCCCGUUUUCCCCCUUACUCCCUCCCUUCUUCCUCUGGCAACCACUUAUGAACUUUGAUCUGUAUGCAUUUGCCUAUUCUAGCCAUUUCAUAUGAGUGAGAUUAUACAGUAUUUGCCCUAUUAUUUGUUGUUGACUGCUCUCCAGUUGAUUCCAACUCAUAGUGACCCUGUAUGACAGAGUAGAACUGUCCCAUAGGGUUUCCUAAGCAGUAAUCUUUAGGAGAGCAGAUCAUCAGGUCUUUUCUCCCAUGGCACCACUGGGUGGGUUCGAACCACUGACCGUUAUCCAUUGUGCCACCAAGGCUGCUUUCCUUUUAUCUAGGGCCAUUUGAAUCCAAGAAAUGCUUCUAUAACUGAUAAUGCCCAUGAUUCUACAGUAGUUGUUGGAGUGUUUUGCUUUUUAUUGUUAUUUUUAAUGUUUAUUAUACAGGGGCACAUCAGUUUUUCCCUAACGCUUACGUUGUCAUGGUUUCUGGAUUUAUAACUAAAGCAUUUUGAAGCAUUAGUGAGGUUUGAAUGUGCAUAUUUUUGGCCUUGUUUGGAUUCCAGGGCUGUGCUACAGCAUCAAGCUGUUACUGCUGAUGGAUUGACUGUCUUGUUAAAGGUCACUCAUCCUCGAUUCUGCCAUUGACUUUAAAUUUGCUCCAUGUUUGAUUCAAGGACACUAUCUUUUUUUUUUUUUCUUUGGAAAGCAGUUUCCACCUGGUGACUGUUAUGUGACCCAUAGGAAAUUAAUUGCAGGUUUCUUUCAGGUGCAACAGGUACCAAAGGCUCAGUUAUUCCUCUUCCUGAUACUUGGUUAGAAGCAGGAUUUGAAUGGGGAAGGAAGAUAACAAAGAAGAAAUUUUAAAAAUAUUUCAAUACAGCUUUUAUUUAUUUGUUUUUUUAGAAGAGAUUUAGAUUUACGGAGAAGUUGCAGAGCUAGUAUAAUAAUUUCCUCCAUUAUUAACAUCCUUACACUUUUUUUUUUACACUAGUCUGGUGCAUUCAUUACAAUUCUUGAAGCGAUAUUGAUAAUUAUUACUAACUAGUAGCCUUGCUGGUGGUGGUACAGUGGUUAGGAGCCAUAGCUGCUAACUAAAAUGUCGGUACUUCAAAUCCAGCUGCUCCUUGGAAACGCUGUGGGGCAGUUCUACUCUGUCUUAUAGGGUCGCUAUGAGUCAAAAUCGACUUGAUGGCGACGGUUUUUUUUUAUUUAUUAUUAACUAAAGUCUAUAGUUUCUUCAAGCCGAAUUCAGAACAGGACAUGGAACAAGGAAUAUCAUUGCUGAUGUCAGAUGAAUCUCGGCUGAAAGCAGAGAAUACCAGAAAGAUGUUUACCUGUGUUUUAUUGACUGUGCAAAAGGCAUAUGAUGUGUGGAUCAUGACAAAUUAUGGAUAACAUUGUGAAGAAUGGGAAUUCUAGAACACUUAAUUGUUCCCGAACAGUUAAUUGUGCUCAUGAGGAACCUGUAUAUAGACCAAGAGGCAGCUGUUUGAAAAAAACAGCGAGACACUGUGUGGUUUAAAAUCAGGAAAGGUAUGUGUCAAGGUUUUCUGUACUUUCACCAUACUUAUUCAGUCUGUAUGCUGAGCAGAUAAUCCCAGAAACUGGACUGUAUGAAGAAGAAUGGGUUAUCAGGAUUGGAGGAAGACUCUUUAAGAACUUGCGUUAUGCAGAUGACACAACCUUGCUUGCUGAAAGUGAAGAGGUCUUUUGAAGCACUUACUGAUGAAGAUCAAAGACCACAGCCCUCAGUAUGGAUUACACCUCAACAUAAAGAAAAUGGAAAUUCUUACAACUGGACCAAUAAGCAACAUCACAAUAAAUGGAAGAAAGAGUGAAGUUGUCAAGGAUUUCAUUUGACUUAUGCCCAGUCAACGCCUGUGGAAAUAGUAGUCAGGAAAUCAAACAAUGUAUUGCAUUGGGCAAAUCUGCUGCAAAAAGACCUCUUUAAAGUGUUAAAAAGCAAAGAUGUCACCUGGAAGACUAAUGUGUGCCCUUACCUGUGGUGUUUUCAGUUGCCUCAUAUGCAUGUGAAAGCUGAACUAUGAAUAAGGAAGACCAAAGAAGAACUGAUACCUUUGAACUAUGGUGUUGGUGAAGAAUAUUGAAUAUACCAUGGACUACCAGAAGAACGAACAAAUCUGUCUUGGAAGAAGUCCAGCCAGAAUGCGCCUUAGAAGCAGGGAUGGCAAGACUUUGUCUCACAUUCUUUGGACCAGUCCCUGGAGAAGGACAUCAAGCUUGGUAAAGUAGGGGAUCAUCGAAAAAGAGAAAGACCCCGAAAGACAUGGAUUGACACAGUGGCUACAGCAACAGGCUCAAACAUAGCAAUGAUUGUGAGGAUGGCACAGGACCAGGCAGUGUUUCAUUCUGUUGUACAUAGGGUCGCUGUGAUUUGGAAUCCACUCUAUGUCACCUAGCAACAACAACAACAACAUAGCUUGUUCACACUUUUGUAGUUUUUCUGUAAUGCCCCUUUUCUAUUCCUGAAUCCCAUCCAGGAUACCGCACUACCUUUAGCUGUCUGUCAUGCCUCUUUAGGUUCCUCGUGGUUGUGACAGUUCCUCAGACUUUACGAGUGUUUGAUGAUCUUGACAGUUUUGAGGAGUACUGGUCAGGUGUUUUGUACACUGUACCGCAAUUGGGAUUUGCCUGAUGUUUUUUUGCCAUGAUCAGACUGGGGUUAUGGGUUUUUGGCAGGAAGACCCCAGAGAUAAAGUUCCAUUUCUCAUGGCAUCUUAACAUAGUAUCACUGUUGAUGUUGAUUUUAAUUACCUGUCUAAAAAUAGUGUUUGCCAGGUUUCCUGAUUGUACAGUUACUUUCCCCCCCUCUUUUUAUACUGUCCUCUUUAGAAUAAAGUCACUAAGUGUAGCCCAAGAGAUUUUUUUUUUUUUGAGAUUCCAAAUAAUACCUUAAUUGCUGAGUGGGACCUUCAUUAAUUUUAGGUAUUUCAUUUUAAGUUUCACUUUAGUUUGGAGACAGGUAUAACCAGUUGACAUGUUUCAAAUGUUUAUUUAAAUUGUGAAGUAUAGUCAGCUGAUUAAAGGUUUUGAAAUUAAGGUGGAUAUUUAAUGGAUAUUUGUUCUGGGGGCAGUUACAGCAACCUGAGACGUUUUCACAAGUACGCUAGUGUCCAGCUGUUGCCCACAUCCAGUCUUAUUCCCCAACCUCCAAGCCUUCUCUGGUUGCCCUAGCUGCUCCUAGAAUUUAAUUGUGUGCUGGCCAAAACCUCUGUGAAAACAUUUGGGUAGAUAGAGUGGCUCGGAAUUUUUUAGCUUGGCUAAAAUGGUUUUUAAUAUGUUUGUGCCUUUCUAUUAUGCUUCAUUUGCCAGAGUAGAUGCAGCCCUGAAGAUAUGCUUGUCUUCUUCAGUCCUUCCUUGAUAUCUCAUAGCAGUGACUGAGCUAUUGAUCUGAAGGGAUAAUAACAAGCCUACAUGUGCUUUCUGCAGGUUCUGAUAUCUUAAGAACUGAGAGCUUUGAAAAAGAACAUUGCUUUACUUCACGUAAACUCAUAGCUGCUUCAAGCCAAAUAACAUACAGCAUGUGUCAAAGAGAAGGUUCCUUCCUAGAAAUCACCGAACUCAAAGGGAGCAAAGGAUGAAGGAGAAGGAAUUAAAGCAAAUGACAAUACCUGCUCAAAGACUGAUGGCCAGGUGUGCUGGAGAAGAGAAACGAGUUGGUACACGUACAGUGUUCGUUGGCAAUCAUCCGGUUUCAGAAACAGAAGCUUACCCUGCACAAAGAUUUUGUGAUAAUAGAAUAGUGUCAUCUAAGUAUACGCUUUGGAAUUUCCUCCCAAAGAACCUGUUUGAACAGUUUAGAAGAAUUGCAAAUUUUUAUUUUCUCAUCAUUUUCCUUGUACAGGUCACAGUAGACACACCAACCAGCCCAGUUACCAGUGGACUUCCACUAUUCUUUGUUAUAACUGUUACAGCCAUCAAGCAGGGAUAUGAGGAUUGGCUGAGACACAGAGCUGACAAUGAAGUCAAUAAAAGUACUGUUUACAUUAUUGAAAAUGCAAAGCGAGUGAGAAAAGAAAGUGAAAAAAUCAAGGUUGGUGAUGUAGUAGAAGUACAGGCAGAUGAAACCUUUCCUUGUGAUCUUAUUCUUUUAUCAUCCGGCACCAGUGAUGGAACCUGUUACGUCACUACAGCCAGUCUUGAUGGGGAAUCCAAUUGCAAGACACAUUAUGCAGUACAUGAUACCAUUGCACUAUGUACAGCCGAAUCCAUUGAUACUCUUCGAGCAACAAUUGAAUGUGAGCAGCCUCAACCUGACCUCUACAAGUUUGUUGGGCGAAUCAACAUCUAUAGUAAUAGUCUUGAGGCUGUUGCCAGGUCUUUGGGACCUGAAAAUCUCUUGCUGAAAGGAGCUACACUAAAAAAUACCAAGAAGAUAUAUGGAGUUGCUGUUUACACUGGGAUGGAAACCAAAAUGGCUUUGAACUACCAAGGGAAAUCUCAGAAACGUUCUGCUGUCGAGAAAUCCAUCAAUGCCUUCCUGAUUGUGUAUUUAUUUAUAUUACUGACCAAAGCUGCAGUAUGUACUACUCUAAAGUAUGUUUGGCAGAGUAAUCCAUAUAAUGAUGAACCUUGGUAUAACCAAAAGACACAGAAAGAGCGGGAGACUUUGAAGGUUUUGAAAAUGUUCACCGACUUCCUAUCAUUUAUGGUUCUAUUCAACUUUAUCAUUCCUGUCUCCAUGUAUGUCACAGUAGAAAUGCAGAAAUUCUUGGGCUCCUUCUUCAUUUCGUGGGAUAAGGACUUUUAUGAUGAAGAAAUUAAUGAAGGAGCCCUGGUUAACACAUCAGACCUUAAUGAAGAACUUGGUCAGGUGGAUUAUGUAUUUACAGAUAAGACUGGAACACUCACUGAAAAUAGCAUGGAAUUCAUUGAAUGCAGCAUAGAUGGAUGCAAGUAUAACGGUGUAACUGAGGAGGUUGACGGACUCUCUCAAACUGAUGGACCCUUAACACAUUUUGACAAAGCAGAUCGAGAAGAGCUCUUUCUGCGAGCUUUGUGUUUAUGUCAUACUGUAGAAAUGAAAACAAAUGACACCGUUGAUGGAGCUACAGAAUCAGCUGAAUUUACCUAUGUCUCCUCUUCACCAGAUGAGAUUGCUUUGGUGAAAGGAGCUAAAAAGUUCGGGUUCACAUUUUUAGGAACUCGGAAUGGCCAUAUGAGAGUAGAGAACCAAAGAAAAGAAAUAGAAGAAUAUGAACUUCUUCAUACCUUACACUUUGAUUCCGUCCGCCGACGUAUGAGUGUGAUUGUGAAGACUCAAAUAGGAGAGAUAUAUCUCUUUUGUAAAGGAGCAGACUCAGCUGUUUUCCCCAGAGUACCAGUUGAUGAAAUUGAGCCAACUAAAAGGCAUGUGGAACAUAGUGCAAUGGACGGUUAUCGGACACUUUGUGUAGCCUUCAAAAAAAUUACUCCAGAUGAUUAUGAAAAAAUUAACAGACAGCUCGUAGAGGUGAAACUGGCCUUACAAGACAGAGAAGAAAAAAUGGAAAAGGUCUUUGAUGACAUUGAGACAAACAUGAAUUUAAUUGGAGCCACUGCAGUGGAAGACAAGCUGCAAGAUCAAGCCGCUGAGACCAUUGAUGCUCUGCAUGCAGCAGGCCUGAAAGUCUGGGUGCUUACCGGGGACAAGAUGGAGACAGCCAAAUCCACAUGCUAUGCCUGCCGCCUUUUCCAAACAGGCACUGAGCUCUUAGAACUGACCACCAAAUCCAUCGAAGAAUGUGAAAGAAAAGAAGACCGAUUGCAUGAAUUGUUGAUAGAAUAUCGGAAGAAGUUGCUGCGUGAAUUUCCUAAAAGUACUAUUAGAAGCCAUAAAAAAGCAUGGACAGAUCAGGAAUAUGGAUUAAUCAUUGAUGGCUCCACAUUGUCACUCAUAUUAAAUUCUAGCCAAGACUCUAGCUCAAACAAUUACAAAAGCAUUUUCCUACAAAUCUGUAUGAAGUGCACUGCAGUGCUCUGCUGCCGGAUGGCACCAUUGCAGAAAGCCCAGAUUGUCAGAAUGGUGAAGAAUUUAAAAGGCAGUCCAAUAACACUGUCGAUAGGUGAUGGUGCCAAUGAUGUUAGUAUGAUCUUGGAAUCCCACGUGGGAAUAGGUAUUAAAGGCAAAGAAGGUCGCCAGGCAGCCCGGAAUAGUGAUUAUUCUGUUCCAAAGUUUAAACAUUUGAAGAAACUGCUGUUGGCUCAUGGACAUCUAUAUUAUGUGAGAAUCGCACACCUAGUACAGUAUUUCUUCUAUAAGAACCUUUGUUUCAUUUUGCCACAAUUUUUGUACCAGUUCUUCUGUGGAUUCUCACAACAGCCACUGUAUGAUGCUGCUUACCUUACAAUGUACAAUAUCUGCUUCACCUCCUUGCCCAUCUUGGCCUACAGUCUACUGGAACAGCACAUCAACAUUGACACUCUGACCUCAGAGCCUCGAUUGUAUAUGAAUAUUUCUGGCAAUGCCAUGCUACAGUUGGGCCCCUUCUUAUAUUGGACAUUUCUGGCUGCCUUUGAAGGGACUGUGUUCUUCUUUGGGACUUAUUUUCUUUUUCAGACUUCAUCCCUAGAAGACAAUGGAAAGGUGUAUGGAAACUGGACUUUUGGAACCAUUGUUUUUACAGUCUUAGUAUUCACUGUAACUCUGAAGCUCGCCUUAGAUACUCGAUUCUGGACAUGGAUAAAUCACUUUGUGAUUUGGGGUUCCUUAGCCUUUUAUGUAUUUUUCUCAUUCUUCUGGGGAGGAAUCAUUUGGCCUUUUCUCAAGCAGCAGAGAAUGUAUUUCGUAUUUGCUCAAAUGCUGUCUUCUGUAUCCACGUGGCUGGCCAUAGUUUUUCUAAUAUUUAUCAGCCUUUUCCCUGAGAUUCUACUGAUUGUAUUAAAGAAUGUAAGAAGAAGAAGUGCCAGGAGAAAUCUGAGCUGUAGAAGGGCAUCUGACUCAUUAUCCGCCAGACCUUCAGUCAGACCUCUUCUUUUACGAACAUUCUCAGACGAAUCUAAUAUGUUGUAACAGAACCCGAAUCUUGAACUGCCUAUGUUAUUAUCCUACAAGCAUAUUGACAGUGGUUACAGCUAAAAAAGAAAGCAUGAAGAAAAAAACAACUACAAAAAGUUACCAUCUCAGGAUACUUGAUAUGCAACAAACUAAACCACUCUCUUAUGUCUAGGGUUCAGAAUAAAUUAUGAAAAUACCAAAUGACUCUUAAAUAUUUACAGUUAUUAUAAGCAGUUGUUACGGCCAAAGCUCACAGUUAAGAAUUAUAUGAAAGUUGAAAGCAAGAACACUCAGAAUUCUGGCUAUAGAUAGAAUAAUGAUAACCACCAAAUGAGUGUUCUUUUAACCCAUGAACUUUAUGAAUGGAUUUAACACAGUAGUAUAAUGUAGAAGUCAUGCAAUGGGAAUGAAUAGAUUUUGCUAACACUUUAUUAUUAUUAUUUGCCUGGCAAAAGAAAUAGGUCAUUUGGAUCACACUUCUUGUUCCUGCUGAAUGAUAAUUUUUUUUUAAAUAUAUGAAAGGAAUACUUGAAAUUGCAGGAGGACUAAGUGUUAUCAUUGCAUCAGAAUAGUUGAUCCUUUCUGUUCACUCACAUGCAAAAUGUCUCUUGCUGGAAUAUCCUGGCCAAAAAAAACCUUGAACAUUUACAUGGAAAUAAUGUUAAGGCCAGGUAUUGAUGUGGGAACAAAAAAAUUUUUUUUUUUGUUCUUGUGCAUUAAAGUCCGUUUGUGGGUGUGAGGCUACUAAAAAAAAGUACAAAACAUUUCUGAUCACUUAAUAGCCCUCAAAAUAAGAGAUAAACCGAUUUUUCCUGUGUCGAUUUUACUAUUACCUGAGAUAAGGUGAAUAAAAACUAAAAGCCAUAAUGCACAUCACCCUUUUAUAAUUUUAUGUUGAGAGGAAAGAAGAACAGCUUGUUUUAAACUAUUUUAGUUUUUAUUUGAAAGAGGCUACAUUUCUGCAUAUAUGCAGCGCUUUGUUGUUUUUUAACUUGCCAGUUUGGGAAGAAGGGAUCCCUCCCAAGAGGACAGCUCAGCUGCCUGAGUCAUGGCUCUGUCAACACGAAUACUGUCUCUUAGCUAACUUGGCCAGGACAAUGGUUUAAGUCUAAACCUUGAGAUUCACCUUGGUAAAGUCCUCGACUCUGCUGUUCGAGAAGGAGGUCUUAGCCUCCCAGUGACUUCACUCACAACAAAAAUAAAUGUGAAAUGUCUUUCUUCAAUGUUAAAACUAAACACAUGCUUUUGGAAUAUAAAUGACUACAUUUGACUGCUAAAUUGAACUGGUCUUUAAAAAAAACAAACAUUUUCUUAUCACUUCCCAGUUUUGUUUGUCUUUCUGGCAUGCCUGUGUUGUUAUUAGUGUUUAUAUUGUACAUUGUUUGGUAAAAGUAUCAGGUUCAAUCUGUACCAGUGUAUUUAUAUGGUCCAUAUGGCACAUUUGAUUCUUACAAAUACAUUUCGUGUUAAUGUUUAGGUGUAAUUUCUCUUAAAAUUUCUAGAAAUGAGUUAAUUUCAGUUAGAAAUCCAUCCAUCAUUCCUGACCCCUUUUCAUGAUUUCAUUUGUUCUCAUUUAUCAGUAUUAUUUUUUAGUUUUUUGGUACGUGUCAUUCAGUUUAAGUGUGCUGUAUUCUGGUAGCCUGUAUUUGAGGUAAUUUGCUAAAGACAAUGUCUUUAUAUUCUUUGCCUAUUCCAAAGAACUACAAAACCAGACCCAGGAAAGCUUUUGAUGUUUGUUAUUGUUAUUAUUGUGUUGUUAUUAUAGUUGUUGUUGUUAUAUUGUUAUUAUUGUUUUAUAUAAGAACUGUAGGGACUGUGAAUACAAGUAAGAGAGAUGAUGGAGAGGCUGGGUUGCUGCAGAACCAUUGGAGGUUAGACGCAUUCAGAACACCCAGGGGGGUGGAAAUAGAGUUGGCUGCAUGUAAAUUUCCUUAUAGCCAGGAAGAAAGACAAGGAGUAAGGGGAAUUUAGAGUCGUGUCUCAGCUACACAUUACACUGCAGCUCAAAUUCAGAAUGGCAGUGAUGUGUUAAUACCGUGGCCUAGAUCCUUGAGAGGAAUCUGACUUUCCCUCUGAAAGAUAUUUUAUUAAUGAGCUAAAAAUGACUGGCAUGGGGUUAGCAGACGGAAUAACUUGAAGCCGUCCGUUAUCCCUGGCACUGCAAUCUCACCAUUUUAUUUUGUGACAGAGAAAGGGGGGAAAUGUCAUAAUAGGAUCAUAUACCUAUAAUUUGAAUACUUUUGAACGAUCAUAAUGUCCUUGUAAUUUUCACAACAGUUGUCCAUUGUUUAAGGAUGUUGCCCACUGAACUGAAAACAUUGAUUCAUAUCUACCACAUAUACACCAGCAACAGUAUAAAUGUAAGCCUAAAUUUGCAAAAUUCAUAAUAAUUUAGUGGUGGAAUUUUUUUAAUAACAUGCAGUAUAUAAAUGUGCAAGUUUUAUGCAAGUAUUGACAAAAUCAUUUUUCAGCUUGCAAAAUGGUACUGCAAUAUUACAUUUUUUCACUUAAACAAUUUUUUACAUCUGCAUUGUUGCUUUCUAUAAUGAAUGUGAAUGCCAUCUUUUAUGAAUGCAACUUGCCUUUUUCAUUACAGAAAUUUUUGUUUCAUGUAAUCAAUAAACUUUGGUAUGAUAUGAUUGAUAUUUUAGCCUCUUUUUUUGGAAGUCUCAGUUUAACAUAAAAAUGAUGUGGAAACAAUGGAAAGUAAGUUUCUAAUUUCCUCUUUGCCUGUACAACUCAUAAAAGAUUGAUCAUUUCUCCGUGAAUUCAGCUGACAUUUUUGGCACCUCAGAAAAAAGGCCUGGUGAUCUAUUUCCCUCCCCCCCAAAAAAAAAAUCAGCCAUUGAAACCUCUUUGGAGCACAGUUCUACUCUGACGCAUAUGGAGUCACCGUGAGUUGGAAUCAACUCGAUGGCAAUGGGUUUAACGUAUUUGUGAGAGUUUUGAGUGAGAUUGUAUUUGUUAGCGAUAAAAUGCCAUAGCAUUUAUUGUACAUAGCUAAAUGCCACUGUGGUCUCCUUGUCGAUUGCCGACUACAUACUUUACUGUCAGUAAAGCCACUAAAAACUAACAAAAGUCCAGUCAAACCAGCAAAUACAACCCAUUGAAAGCAUUUGAUUCUGAAGUAGCCAAAUACAGCUGGAUGAUAUUUGAGCUGUGCUUUGUGAUGGAAUAAGAGAAACUCCAUCCCAAAGGGAUUACCAUGACCAAACGGACAAUUUGUUAACCCAGCCUGGAAACACAAGCAAAGUCUAAGAGAUGAUGACGUGACUCUUAACACUGUGUGUGAUUGCAGGCAGCGCUUGAGCAGUCCGUAUGCUCUUCUGGGGGAAAAGAUGCAAGGAGUUUACAGAAGUUUGACACUGCGUCCAAAAGGUGUGGUCUCUUCUCUCCCUUGCCCCCAUUGCUCAGCCUGCACCUAGGGCUCUUUUCUUGACAAACCCGCCUGUCCUUGACCGCCAAGAAACAAGUUGGUCUAGGGUAGCUGGUUGCAUUGCCUUUUACUCUUCAGUCUCUAAGCUUUUCUAUAGCCUUUUAAUCCUGUUCAUCUUUGGCCUAAAUCUAGUGCACUUUUAAUUUUUCCUUUUUGGUUAAGUGGAAAAUGUACUGUGUUUGGAAGUGAGUCCUGAGUUAAAGUUCCAGCUUUGCCACUUAGAGCCUGUACCCUCUGAAUCCUCUUUCUUACCUGAAAAAUGGGGUCCUCGUAGUGGUGAAGUCAAUGAGGUAAGAGAGCUCAUCGCUUUGGAAAAUAUCAUUUGAUAUACAGAUAUCAAGGAUUGGUUUAUAUUAAGGGUUUUUUUGUUGUUUUGUUUUUUACUUUAGGUUUUUCUUUUAAUAAAAGUUGUCAUUCACCAAAUUUUCACAGAUGUGUUUUAAGAUUCUGUCUUCUUGAAAUGAGUCUGUUCAGGCUUCCUUUCUUUGCCCAAUUCAGCCUUGAGGGGAGUUCCUGAGUCUGUCUGGGACUGGUCAAUAAAGUAUUUGUGAGGGGCUGAGUGGCUUGGCCCCUUAGAAGAAGUACAUGGAAAGGUUAGGAGCCAAGGUUAUCACUGGUUAUUCAGUGAAUGUGUCCAUGGGUGAAGUGCAGGACACAUACUAAUUAAGCCUGAAGGCUGAAUUUCUGGAAAUAGUUGUCAGCAAAAAUGGCGCCUGAUUAUUUCACAGUAUUUUUGUUAUUCAGUGCAUUUCCCAACAGUCGAUGGGCAAGGAAAUGUAGACUCAUGCUGAAGAAAUGUUGCUGUAUGGAUCAAGCAGGUCUUCAUCUCAUGGGCCUUGAGAGCAAGUGCUGGAGGCAGGCCUCUGGCCGAAAGGAACAGUGCACCUCAUGUUGGGCUGAAAUCCAUGCUGGCUGCAAGUCUUUGGCCCUGGUUCUUUGAGUGGAGCAGGGCAAUGGAUGUAGAUAGCUAAAAUGCCUGUAGCAUUUAUCAUACAUAGCUAAAUGCCACUUUGGUCUCAUCAAUUGCCAAGUACAUCCUGUCAGUAAAGCCACUAAAAACUCAUUUUACGUGAGAUGUAUACACACUGUGCCAGGUACCGUCUGACAUCUUUAUACAUAUUUACUGCUUUAAUACUCUCGACUCUAUGAAAUAGGCACUAAUAGUAUGUCAUUGGAAAGAUGAAACCGAGUCACAGUAAAGCCCAAGGUCACACAGUCCAGUAGAACCAGAUUUUGAACGAAAAAAUUAUAUAUAUUUUUUAUUUUGACUUGGGUCCAUGCACUUAACCAGAACACUGUAAUUAUCAUUAUGCCACCUCUGACGGCAUGAAUACACAUAAACCCUAUUAAUGCAAAGUAUUAAUCUAUUAAUCAUGAGAAAAAUCAGACAAGCCCCAAUUGAUAUUCUAUACAGUACCUGGCUUACAAUCUCUAAAAGUAUCAAGAUAUGAGAGACAAAAGACAAGAAUUUUCCCGGAUUAAAGAAGAUGACAAGAAGUAAGUGCAGCUUGUGGUCCUCAAUUGAAUCCUGGACCAGAAAUUAAACAUUAAUGAGACAAUUGGUAAAAUUUGAAUAUAGCAUAUAGAUUCAAUGACACAUCAAUGUUAAUUUCCUGAUUUCUGAAAUUAUGGUUAUGUAUGAUGUUUAUAUUUUAGGGAGUCUCAUUGAAGGAUGUAUGGGAAUUCUUUGUUCUAUCUUUGCAACUUUUUUAAUGUGUGGAAUCAUUUGAGAAUAUAAGUUAAAAACAAAUAUAACAAUAUUAAUGGGAGAAGUCAUUACAUUGAACUGAAUGUAAAAGACUAAAAUACAAGUUAUUGGCUAAAAUUUGCAUAGCACUUUAUGGAACAUUUUUACAUACUUCAUUUCGUCCUCGCAACAGCCCUGUGUACAGAUCAUUAACUCCAGAUUUUCACAGAUAAAGAAACUGAGACUUAGUUAUUUUGCCCCCGUUGCCAUAACUAGUCAGUAUAGACCCAAGACUGGCCCACGGUGUCUGCUACACCACACUGUACAGUUUGGCUGGGACUCCUCGAGCAUCUCUUUCUGAAUUCUGGAGCAAUUAUAAAGCACACUUUGCUUUAGUCAUUUUUGUAUGGGCCCAUGAGGUUUCAGUCAGCGCUACCUCAAAUCAGAUUGUAGACAGGAGCCAUGCCAGUGUUCUUAGGGUGGAGGUGGGUGGCCUCAGAAAUGUCCCAGAAUGUGUUCUCAUCCCUUUCAUCUAAUGGUGCUGAACUGGGCUUCCUUCAAGUACUUGUUCAUGUCCUACCCCUGCUUCCCACACAAGUAGGUGGCCAUCUGAGAGAGAAUACAAGCGAGCUCCUUUAAUUUUAAUAAUGAGACAUCAGCCUAGCUGCCUACCCCAGGUAUCAAAACUGUGUAGACCCCUUAAAGCAACAAUAUGGGGAUAUUGCCAGCACUCCAUCCCAAAUGAUCC